AUGGGUGUCAUGCGUUUACCUCGCCCAACCGGCGUGUAUGUGCCGAACUCACCCACACGGAGCCUCAAGGGCGAUAUGAUUUCCUCCCCCUUAUCACCUGAAUUCAACUUCGACUCGGAGACCUUGACUCCUUCCAUCAUCCCUGCCCUUGAAUAUGUUUCUUCCAAACUGGAGCAGAGGAUGAUGCACGUCACUUUGCUUGUUGGCCGCGGGAAGCCCUACCCAACUGGCCAGCCAUCCGAUCUCAUCGUCAUUCCCAUAACCCCUCUGGAUGAGACAGCAUGGCGAAUUGUGUUCCGCACGGUGGCCAAGGGAGCAAGCAAGUUCUCUCUAGGUCAUAGCUGGACUGAUGCCCUGAACCGCAGCCAGCACGAGCGCCAGGCCCAUGACUACCUGAUUCAACAAUCGAUUAUGCAGAAUGAAGUGAUCUUCAGCAGGGAGGGUCUGACUCUGCUGAACGUGGACCGCAUUUACACACUCAAGCGCCGGCUGUGCAUCCUUUCUCAUCGGGGAACACCGCCCGAAGAGUCGUACAUCUCAUCCUGCGCGCAACUCCUCUAUCGUACCAUCAAUGACUUCCAUGGUCGUCCCUUCAGCAAGGCCUUCUUCCACCGCGUCUAUGAGCAGCUGAACGUGCCUGAUGCGCUGUUAGCACAGGUGGCGGAUGCCUUCAGAAAGCAAUACAAGCAGGAAGGUAUUAUUAUCCCACCUCCCGCGAAGGCAGAUGUUGCACCUCCCGCCAAGACCAAUAUCCCACCCCGGGUGAAGGUGGAGCGUCCCCGGAAGUCACCACUACGUGCUAUCCGGGCAGCUCGUCGCCAAAACCCUCCGCCAACAAGGUACAACUUGCCAACCAAGCGCGGUCCCAAGACACCACUGUCUGCAUCUGAUGUGACUCCCAUCACUCGGAACGAAUGGAACAUGCUCCGUACGGACUUUCCUUUGGGCAAGACCACUGUUACCAAGUGGACACCAUCACCUACUGUUAUGGCUGCUGCGUGA